AUGGCCGGUCGCAUCUCUUGCUUGUGCAAGGAGGUCACGCAGGAGGUCGUGCUGGGACCGUCGUCAGGCCUGUCGACUCUCGAGCUCUGUCACUGCACCACUUGUCGCGCCGUCACCGGGCAGUUGUGUUCUUCAUAUUAUAACCUGCACAUGCGGCCGGCAAACCUAGAUUCCCUUGGCGAAUACCACGAAUCACCCUGUAUAAGCCGCUACUUUUGUAAAACUUGCGGUGCCCAUGUCUUCGCCCGUCAAAAACACACGGAGCAGUAUUAUGUCGCUGCGGGACUAUGGGAGGAACAUCCACCCUCGUUCCAAUCGAUACGACAUCGGCAGGUGCAAGACACUCGGGACGGUGGCAUGAGCUCCUUCCUUGACGCCGAAACAGAAGUUACCAGCCCCGGCUGUUAUCUGCACGCAGAUACACACUGCCAACAAGGCUGGGAGGAAAGGAGAAAGAUCGAGGAAUGGACUGAGAAUGACCGCCGGUUGCCAGCUGGGUGUCACUGUGGGGGCAUUGAAUUCUACGUCACAUCGCCGGAUCCCAGCUCGACCGACGCGUCUUCCCCCUGGCCUGACCUGCUGGUUCCCUACUAUUCAGGUUCAUCCGCAAAUACCGAGGAUGUGAAAUGGUGGUUGCGAGACGAAGGCAAAAGAUAUCUGGCUGGGACUUGUGCCUGUCGAUCGUGCCGUUUGGCGAGCGGGUUUCCAAUCCAGGCAUGGGCUUUCAUACCCUUAUCAAACCUCCAAAAUGCGGACGGUACUGUGCUGUCAUUUGGCUUUGGUACCAUGAGGCAAUAUGAGAGCUCGCCGGGGGUUUACCGAAAGUUCUGUGGCCGUUGCGGUGCAACUGUUUUCUGGCACUGCGAAGCGCGGCCUCUACUAAUCGAUGUGAGUGUCGGUCUGUUGCAAGCGAAAAGUGGUGCUCGAGCUGAAGACUGGCUUGAAUGGCAUACUGGCCGAGUCAGCUUCUCGGAAAUGGCCGUGGAUUCAAAGUUGAUUCACCAGCUGGAGGAGGGAUUGAAAGUUUGA